UCAAAUCAAUUCAACACAACUCGGAAAACUUUUCUACUUGUACUCUUUUCUCUUUCGCUUUCUCGCUCCGAUUUAGGGCGCGAGAACUCAGGUCUUCGACUCAUAACCUUAUCGCUGAUCUCUGUUCUUCAGGUACUCUCUCCCUCCUUUCUUCUCUUCGCGCUCGUUGAUCCCCACUUCAUCCUCAACUUCGAUCCACUUUGGUCAUUUCCUUCAUUCAGUUCCUCGUUCCGCAUCACUGCUUGAGGUUGUUGAUUGUUUGCGUGGACCGACUCUUCAGAUUGUUCACACUUCUGUCCACACUGAAUACAAGGGAGGGCUGUUUUUCAGCACUGGGAUGACUUUUGGCGUGACCUUUUGAAAUUCAUGCGAUGUCGGGCUUACUUAAUACUUCUGAUUGCAGUCUUCUUUAAGCGGAUCUGCAUCAAAUCUUCCAGAGGGUGCCGGACGGUCUUUUUCUACAUCGUUCUCUGGUCAGUCUGGUGUAGCCACGCCAGUUUUUCAUCACACUGGAGCUAUUCAGGGGUUGCACAAUAUUCAUGGGAGCUUUAAUGUCCCCAACAUGCCCAGUACACUUACAUCAAGAAACUCAACAAUAAAUAACGUUCCAACUGGGGGGGUUCAGCAACCUACGGCAAGCCUUUCUAGUGGAAGAUUUGCAUCAAAUAAUCUACCUGUUGCUCUGUCACAGCUAUCUCAUGGAAGCUCUCACGGACAUUCAGGAGUCAACAGUAGAGGAGGUAUAAGUGUUGUAGGAAAUCCUGGGUUUAGUAGUAGCACAAAUAAUGGAGUUUCCGGUUCUAUUCCUGGAAUUUUUUCAACUUCUGCAUUUGAUAACCGAAAUUCUGUUCCAGGCUUGGGAGUAUCCCCAAUUUUGGGAAAUGCAGGUUCUCGAAUCACAAGUUCCAUGGGAAACAUGGUUGGUGGGGGGAACAUUGGGAGGAUAAGCUCUGGUGGAUUGUCUAUUCCUGGUCUUGCUUCUCGUCUAAAUUUAAUUGGAAACAAUGGAUCUGGUGGUUUAGGUGUGCAAGGACAGAAUCGAUUGAUGAGUGGUGUGCUUCCACAAGGAUCUCCGCAGGUAAUUUCAAUGCUAGGAAAUACUUAUCCUAGUGCUGGAGGACCACUUUCUCAAAGCCAUGUUCAAGCAGUAAAUAACUUGAACUCUUUGGGGAUGUUGAAUGAUGUGAAUUCCUGUGAUAGUUCACCUUUUGACAUCAAUGACUUCCCUCAACUGACAAGUAGACCUAGUUCUGCUGGUGGGCCUCAAGGACAGCUGGGUUCUGUAAGGAAACAGGGUCUUGGAGUUAGUCCCAUUGUCCAGCAAAACCAAGAGUUUAGUAUUCAAAAUGAAGAUUUCCCAGCUUUACCAGGAUUCAAAGGGGGUAAUGCAGAUUUUGCUAUGGAUAUGCACCAGAGAGAACAACUUCAUGACAAUACUGUGUCAAUGGUGCAGUCUCAGCAUUUCCCCAUGGGGAGGUCCGCUGGUUUUAGUUUGGGGGGAUCAUAUUCAUCGUAUCGGACCCAGCAGCAGCCGCAGCAUGCUCCUUCAGUCAGUAGCAGUGGCGUCUCCUUUUCAUCUGUAAACAAUCAAGAUCUGCUCCAUAUGCCUGGGUCGGACAUUUUUUCAUCUGCACACUCAACGUAUCAUUCACAGACCAGUGGACCUCCUGGCAUUGGAUUAAGGCCUCUAAAUUCUCCAAAUACGGUUUCUGGUAUGGGUUCAUAUGACCAACUCAUCCAGCAGUAUCAACAACACCAGAACCAGUCCCAGUUUCGCCUUCAGCAAAUGUCAUCUAUAAAUCAGUCUUUUAGGGACCAGGGCAUGAAGUCUAUGCAAACUGCACAAUCUAGUCCAGAUCCAUUUGGUUUGCUUGGCUUGUUAAGUGUUAUCAGGAUGAGUGAUCCUGACCUGACAUCUCUUGCUCUUGGAAUUGAUCUUACAACACUCGGAUUAAAUUUGAAUUCAUCAGAAAAUCUUCACAAGACUUUUGGAUCUCCAUGGUCUGAUGAACCAGCUAAGGGUGAUCCAGAGUUCAGUGUGCUACAAUGUUAUUAUGCUGAAAAGCCUCCUACCCUACAUCAGGGUUAUUUUUCAAAGUUUGCCGUGGAAACUUUGUUUUACAUAUUUUACAGCAUGCCCAAAGAUGAAGCACAACUGUAUGCUGCAAAUGAACUUUACAAACGAGGCUGGUUUUAUCACAAAGAAUAUCGUUUGUGGUUUGCAAGAGUUGCCAACAUGGAGCCGCUUGUCAAAACAAACACAUACGAGAGGGGGUCUUACCACUGUUUUGAUCCGAGCACUUUCGAAACGGUCCGGAAGGAUAAUUUCGUUCUUCAUUAUGAAAUGGUGGAAAAGAGACCGCCUCUGCCUCAACAUUGAGGAGGAAAGAAGAACUUCAAUGUAUAGCUCUAUUUAUGGAUUUAAUUUUGUUAGGACGCAAGUCAUUUUGCAGCAUUAGUGUCCCUUCAAUCUGGCGUUGCUAUUACAUUCUCUUAAAUCCUGCUGCACUGAGAGCUGCUAUCUUUUUUCAUUCGGGCCCUAAUAUGGAUUAUAGUUAAAAUAAUAGACUUGACUUUAGGAUAACCUAGCGGUCUGGCAGAUAUGGAUGUCUGCCCGGUGCAUAGAGAAAUACACCUGAAUCAAUUAGAUGUGAUGUCUAGUAGUUGCUCUUGACUGUACACAAAUUUUUAGUUAUCUUAAUCUGUUCUGUAAAGGAAUAUGGCCCGCAAAUGAGAAAAAGAGGAUUAGCUUCUAACGUAUUUCAUGCCUAUAAU